UCGCCGGUUCCAAAAGUAUGAAUACCUCGACCGCUGACAGACUGGUGUCCAGUCUCUCCCCAGCAUUUGACCCCAAGUCUGCUGUGUAAUUCGAUGUUGCAUCGGCCGUCGGCUGGCACGCACUUAGACGACCAACAUCAUACUUGGUGCAUCUUAGACAUCAAUACCAUAACUAGCGACUGAGUCUCUUUCUCAGCCAGUCAACUGAAUCAUGUCUUCCAACCCGGGCCAGUCGGCCCAACCCCCACUCCAACAACCACCCUACCCCCCCUCCGGCGCCUCCCUAGGCGGCAUCCCCACCACCCUCCCCGACAUCCCCAUCGCCGCCGUGUUCCUCGCCCUCUUCGCAUGCUCCGCCGCAACCCACCUGACCAUAUUCCUCCGCAACAAGCGCCGGGGUCCCUCCCACCGCUUCCUCUUCUCCUUCCUACUCUUCAUCUUCAGCACCCUGCGCGUCAUCGCCCUGUCUCUCCGCAUCGCCUGGUCGCAGGCGCCGCGGAAUGCGAGUCUGGCGCUGGCGGCGGCCGUGUUCACGGCCGCGGGGGUCAUGAUCUUGUUUGUGGUCAAUUUGGUGCUGGGGAGAAGGGUGGUUAGGGCGCUGCAUCCAAAGGUGGGCUGGCAUAAGGCGAUGAAGGUUGGGGUGGGGCUGUUGUUGGGGAGCGUGAUUGGGAUGUUGGUCAUGGUGGUGGUGUGCACGGUGCAUUCGAUGUUUACGCUGGAUGCGGUGGCGAGGCGGAGGGAGAGGGAUGUGGUGCUGUUUGCGGGGGUGUAUGUCACGGUUAUUGCCUUCUUGCCGGCGGUCAUGGUGGCGUUGGCGUGGCUGGUGCCGAACCGGGGGGUGCAUCGGCCGGAGGGGUUUGGGAAGGGGGGGAUGGGGGCCAAGGUGCUGUUGUUGCUGGGUGCGUCGGUGGUGUUGACGCUGGGUGCGGGUUUCAGGGCUGGGGUGAGCUUUGCGGUGAAGCCGGUCGGGCAGGAGCAGUGGUAUCAUUCGAAGGCGGCAUUUUACUGCUUCAACUUUGUGAUUGAGCUGUUGGUGGUGUAUUCGUACGCCAUCUUCCGCUUCGAUCGCAGGUUCCACGUUCCGGAGGGCAGCUCGGCACCGGGUCAUUAUUCAGGGAGGGGUCACGCUGAGGGAGCGGAGGAACCGGGCUUUGGGUUGAAUGCCGCCGAGGAAAGCGCAGGGGAUAGUAACAUCACGCUAUACUCGAGGAAGAAGCAUCCGGCUGGUCCUGAGGGGGAUUCGGCAGCAUAAAGAAAGGGAGGCCGGGCCGCAGGGGAUGGGAUUUGUGUGUUCGAUUUCGUUUUAUUUCUGCUAGAUUGUCAGCCUGUAAUAAGACUAAUAAUAGAAUAGAGAUAGCAAGCGUCAUCGCCUCAGAUACCGAUCAUUUCUUUACACCGUUAUGGUUAUUCGCUACCUCUACU